AUAUUAUAGAAUCUUGCAAGUAACUCUGUUAUUUUACUAAUAUUUACUGCAAUAAUGAAUGUGCCAAUAGCAUAAAUAUUUUUUAAUUAUAUUUAUACUGUUAUUAGAGUUAUUUAUAUAAAUAUGUCUACCAAGAAAAGUACAACACGUAAAACUAAGUUAUUAGCUAAAUUAGUCACUAAAGAAAAAGGGCCCUGUGCAUUUUGCCACGAAAAUGUGGACGACGAGUUAAUUUAUGGCAAGUUAUACAUCAUUGGCGGUAUAAAAUGCCACUACUUCUGUGUUUUGCUGUCAUGUUGUCUGAUGCAAAAAGGCAAAGAUGAGGAGGGACUGUUUGGGUUCUUGUACCCAGACAUAUUGGCUGAAUUAGAGCGCAGCAAAAAACAUAAAUGCUCCUACUGUGGUCGCGAUGGUGCUACCCUGGGGUGUUCAGUCGGCCAAUGCCGGAAGCAGUUCCAUUUGCCAUGCGGAAGGCGGAAGAAUGCUGUCUCUCUGUUUUUUGGGACUUACAAAUCAUACUGCCAGAUUCAUGCGCCAAAACAAAGUGUCGCUGCCAAUAUAAUGGUCAAUGCUAAGAUGCGGAUGAAGAAGUCUAAAAAUAAGGAGCAGACUGCUAUAUCAGACAAAUCUAAUGCUGACGUCAGCAUUUCUGAAGAAACGGUAUGUGUGAUAUGCUACGAAGAAGUGGAUGGCUAUCCAAGCACGGAGACUUUCUGGCCGCCGUGCUGUGCUCGAGAUGCCUGGUUUCAUAGAACAUGCUUACAGAGAAUGGCGCUCAGUGCCGGCAUGCACUACUUGAAGUGUCCGCUGUGCAAUGACAAGGAUGAUUUCUACAAGGCGGUCGUUGGUCAAGGAUAUUAUGUACCAGAUCGGGAUGCUGCGUGGGAGCUGGAGCAGAACGCAUUCGCUGAGAUAUACGAGCGGGAGGCCGCCUGCGACGCUGUCAGCUGUUACUGUCGCCGCGGCCGACUCCACGAUAGCGACGGGCCUUGGGAUAUAAUACUAUGCAUCCUAUGCGGCAGCAGCGGCAUACAUCUACAUUGCCUCAACUUGGAUUGCGAUGCUGACUCCACUGGGGUGAAUGUGGACUCCAAUGGGAGGAGUUCGGACUCUGCUGGAAAUAGUUUGGACUCUACUGGGAUUAUUUCGGACUCUAUUGGGAAAACUUCAGACAUUGCUGGGAGUUCAGUCUCUACUGGGAGGCGUUUGGACUCUACUGGGAGGAGUAAUGACUUUACUAGUGGUACCAGGGUCCACCCGGAGCGAUACGUGUGCCGAGUAUGCAGACCAGCCGCUCCUGCGGAUCUGGAUCAAUUGGCCAACAAUAUAGCAGCAGUGGUAUUGUCGGAGCGGGCACCUGUACCAGCUAACCUGCCCCGGCCUCUCAUGCGAUCCAGAAUGUCACUUCGGAGGACCAAAGGCGUACGGGCAGGUUGCAGUUCGACAUCUAAAGAUACCGCUGAAAUUAAAACUGAAAUUGAUGUCAAAGACUCAAAAAGGGACACAGCGUCGAGCCGUCAAGAAUUGAAUCUCAAAGCCCCCAGGCGGCGGCUGGUCGAGGCGACAGUACUCAAGAAUAUUGGUAUCAAAUCGCCCGGGAAAUUGCUAGAGUACAGUCUCAAAGAAGUCACCAGACAAUCUGAUAUAGUAAUAGAUGCUGCGCUGUUGGACACCGUGCGACUCAAGUUUAAAAAGCCAAAGCCCCUCUGUGUUAAAAAAAGGAUCGUUAUAGACAUCAUCGAGAAUAUCUUAAGUGCACCAAUAAAAGAUGCCAAGAACAAGGAGCCUGUAAAGGAAUGGUGCUCGCCAAAGAAGCUGACCGAUGUCACAUGUGAUAAUGUUAAGGUUGAACAAGAAAAUACUUCGCCAUUCAAAUUGGAGUUCAAUCUAGAAAAAACACCAACGAAAACCACUCCAAAGAAGGUACCACCAAUAACCAUCGAGGAAGACACCCAAGAUGGUAUUACAACUCCAACGAAACCCGAAUGUCUAAACGUUGACGACUCAUCCAGUUCCACCUUCCAAUUGCCACCAGAGUUCAUUGCUGACCACAACAGUGAUGACAGUCUCCAAACGCCCAAACUCGAGACAAAAACUGUUGACAUACAAAAGGAUUCGAGCCUUGAAAUAUCUGAAAACAACGAGGUCGUUAACAUUGAUGUAAUUAAAAUGGAAGACAGCAGUCCCAAUUUUGAUUUCAUCAAGAAUUUAAACAUAAAAAGCCCAGAAAAAACCAAAAAGUGCGCGUUUAAAUUCAGUCCUAUAGAUAAAGAGUCAUUGCAAACGGCUAAUGUUGAUAUAGACGUGGAAAGCUUUAAAAAUCAAUAUUUGAAUGAGGUAGGAAGAGAUUUUAAGUGUAAAUUUAAACAUAAUCACUCGGAUAUAGAUAAUAGUGAUAGAAAAUUGAGAACACCUAUAGAUUUCGCGUUAGAGGCGAAUAGAAAAAGAAAAUUGCAGACUAAAAGAAAAAGCAUGAAAAGAAAAAAGGUUUCGAAAGACAAGUAUGUGGAGUGCAACCUUAAAUAUAAAGAGAGAGACGCUGAUAUUGAACUGUCCAACGAUAACAGUAAUUUGAAAGUGUCACUGGCCUCUGAGAGACGUAAGAAGAAAAUUAAAAAGUCAACAAAAUUGUCUAUUAAUAACAAAAAUAUCAGAGUGAAAAUACGGUGGAGGAAACAGUAUUUCAAAUUGAAGAUAAGCGAUUCAAAAAAAAGGAAGGAAAAAAUAAGUCCAAAGAGUUUGAAGCAGUAUGUUCUUAAUUACAAAGAAGGGUCCAGUAAAGAAGUGCUGGAAAAACCCGUGCAUGACAUAACACCGGUUAAAAGGAAAAGGAAAAAACAAGAAAAAACGCCAGACCAUAUGAAACAGACUUCUAUACAGAACUUUUUUAAACUAGUUCCCAAGACUGAAUGAAUUUAUUUUAGUAUGGGACCUGGGGUUUAUUUGAUAUUAUGUAGAUGUAAUGAUCCUUAGCUAAUGAAAUACGUUGAGGUGGGGCUUGUCAAUAAAUUCUAUAAUAAGGUAAGACUGAAGUACCUAUGUGAAUAAUUUUAAAAAAAUCUUAGGAUUUUGUAGCCUUGAAAAGUUCUUGUAUUGAGUAAUAGAAUAUAGUUUGUAUAACCACUCAUUAUAGUAUAGUCUAUAACCAAUAAUAUAGUGCAAUGAUGGCUGGUUUAUCCGUCAUACUCGUGAACAGGUGCUGCUUUUAGGCACUGGUCUGUAUGGGUUAGAGACACUGAUUAGACUUAUUAUUUAUUUUCUUUUGACAAAAUUGCAAUACCAUAUGCUGGUGGUCACUCUAUUGGCCCUAAUUUGAAUUUGAUACUAAAUCUGUGUUUUUGUAAAUAUCUACAAACUCAUUUGAUAAGAAUAAUAACGGAGUUUUACGACCAUACUGUAGAUUUGACAUAUCAUAAGAGUGUAAUAGACCUACAUGAAUAAAGGUAUUUUUUGUUUUGAUAUGCCUGUCGAGUUUAAGGCGUAUUAAUAAGCAGUAAUGGUACUAGUGCAUUCUCUUAACUUUAAGUAGAAAAAUAGUACGUUUAAAAACGCGCGGGUAAAAUAUUCGCGAGUAGCCGUUACAGUUCGCGCCAUAUUCGCGCCGAUAAAUGUGUUGGCAGUGCAUCACAAAGUAUUGUAAUUUAGUAGUAUUUUUUUAUUAAAACUAUUUGUAGUAUUACAGUGUAUUUCUUUAUAGCUAAUAUUUUUAGAAUAUUUAAAAACUACAUUUUUUAUUGCAAUGUAUAUAUUUCUUACCAUAUUAUGUGUAUGUUAUUGAACUUUUGUUAAUGGUUUUCUUUAUAUAAUAGAUAAG